GACGUGUUUUUAUUUCUACUGUCAUGGCUCCACGAAGAACGAGAAAAGUCAGUCAGAAUUCAGAUGGUCAGCCUGAUGGGCAACAAAGUUAUGACCACAAGAUCAAACUAAACAAAAGAAAAGAACUGUUCAUCCAACAAUUUGAAAAGGAAGCUCAUGAUCGGAUAAAUGAAAUGGAGACCAAUCUGAACAAACUUCUGGCAACUGUAGAUCGGGUCUUCAAAGUAGAGUUGAUGAAGAUGCCACAGUCACUUCACACAACGCUGAUAAAAGAUCUCAUGAGUGAUCGCGACACAUCCGUCGGCGAGGUCACCAUGGCAAUUACGUGUGGAUCUCCAGAAUUUCGAAAACCUCUAACUCGGAAGCCAAGCAAGAAAGGACAGAGUGACAUGGGUAUGCAACACAAAUCAUCAACUUCGAACAAAAGUACUGCAUUGGAUGUUCCAAAGAAAGGCACAAAGAAGACCCUUCACUCCAGUCAAAGUACAGGAAGUCUGAGAUGUGCCUCAACUAUCAGUGGAAAAAGAACCCAAAGCCGGCUUAUGAAACCAAGUGACCAAAAGUUGGGAUUGGGAGGUAAAUCAAGACAAGCAAGUCGUUCUGUUGGUGAUGAAAUGAUGGCUUCAGCCACAAUAGUAACGUCCCAUGGAGAUACUUUGUUCCUUUCAGAGGACAAUAAAGAUGACAUCAACGUGGAGCUCCUUGAUGAUGUGGCUUUAGGUCAAAUGCGAAAGAUUAAGGACCUCAUGGACUAUCUGUGUAAUAAAGUAGGGUUUAAUAACACUUACUGAGGUUGUUUAAUCUAACCAGCUGUUGCCUGUUUUAAAUAAAUACAACGAAGUAAUAUAAAUGACUAUGUAAGCUAUGUAAAGUAAUAAAAUGUAUUUUCUUCUUA